AUGGGGUACACUAAUGUAUUAGUAAUAAUCUUGCUCGUUGUGAUUACAUCGCCUGUGGUUUUCGGUAACGAUGCAGCACCAAUUCCUCAGAACAGCCGCAGAAUCGAGCAGUGGUUUAACACAAACGUCCCUUCGUUGGCUAGUAAAAAGGACACAUUAGAUCCAGAUCUACUGACCGCAGAGGCUUCCCCACGUGUAAGACAAGAUGGAAGAGGCCAUUUCAAGACAUUAACCGAGGCGAUAGCAAGUGUACCCGCAGAGAACACGAAGCGUGUGAUCAUCAACUUAGGCCCUGGUGUAUACAAAGAGAAGGUCACGAUCGAUAGGAACAAACCCUUCAUCACGUUGUACGGUCAUCGGAAUGCAAUGCCGGUUAUGACAUUCGACGGUACCGCAGCCCAAUACGGGACAGUCGAUAGCGCAACUCUCAUUGUCUUGUCCGACUAUUUCAUGGCCGUUAACAUCAUCGUUAAGAAUUCUGCUCCAAUGCCGGAUGGGAAGAUGAAAGGAGCACAAGCUUUGUCUAUGAGAAUCUCUGGCAACAAAGCAGCUUUCUACAACUCUAAAUUCUACGGCUAUCAAGACACGAUUUGCGAUGACGCCGGAAACCAUUUCUUCAAAGACUGUUACAUCGAAGGGACGUAUGAUUUUAUCUUUGGAAGCGGACGCUCUUUAUACCUCCGUACACAACUAAACGUAGUGGGAGAUGGACUCAGAGUGAUCACAGCUCACGCCGGAAAAAGCGCGGGAGAGAAAAGUGAAUACUCAUUCGUGCACUGCAAGGUAACAGGGACUGGAACAGGGAUCUACUUGGGCCGAGCAUGGAUGAGUCACCCCAAGGUCGUUUACGCAUACACCGACAUGUCAAGUGUUGUGAAUCCUUCCGGAUGGCAAGAAAAUCCCCAAUCCGAGCGUGACAAGACGGUGUUCUAUGGAGAGUACAAGUGCUCAGGAGCAGGAUCGAAAAAGGAGAAGAGAUUUAAGUACACACAAGACAUUGACAGCAUCGAAGCUAACUAUUUCAUCUCCCUUGGCUACAUCCAGGGAUCCACCUGGCUCCUCCCUCCUCCUUCUUUGUAA